GCAGGAGUGGUGAAACAACUCCUGGCACUGCAGGAACUUUCUGUCUCCAGGUUUCUCUCUCCAUGCUCCUUUCUCCUGCCCUUCUGGUCUCCUGAAGAUGCCCAGGAGAGGAGCCCUUCCUGUGGGGACACUCCUGGUGCUGCUGCAGCUGGCAUUAGUCCCAUCCCCACUGGCAGGCUGCCUCCUUGAUCCCUGUUUGGAGGUCACCCCUAACACAACUUUCAGAUGCACUGGACUGAACAUCUCUGGAGUUCCUGAUGGAGUCCCAAACACCACCCUGAACUUGGACCUCAGUUUCAGCAACCUGAAAUCACUGGGGUCGAAUUAUUUUGCAUCAGUGCCUGAGCUGGAGCUUCUGGAUCUUUCAAGGUGCCACCUCCAUACAAUAGAAGAUGACUCCUUUAUGGAUCUCCAUAGACUUUCCACCUUGAUUUUAACUGCCAAUUCCCUCCAGCACCUGGGGAAAAGAGCUUUCUAUGGCUUGACAUCUCUGAAGAAACUGGUUCUGGUGGAAACCAACAGAACCUCUCUGUCUGAGCUGCCCAUUGGCCACUUGCAUACUCUGCAGGAGCUGAAUUUAGGUCACAACAGCAUUACUUCAUUGAAGCUUCCCGGGUAUUUUGCCAACAUGACCUCCCUCAGGCUCCUGAGCUUCAUCUCUAACAAGAUCACAUCUAUCUCCAGAGGAGACCUUGAUGCCCUGAGGGAAGGGAACAGGCUCAACCUGACUCUGGUGCUUUCCUUGAACAAUAUAAAGUCCAUUGAGCCGGGGGCCUUUGCAGGGAUUCCCCUGGCAGAGCUGGCACUCAGGUCUGCUUUUGAGAACUUCAUGAUGCAAACCUGUCUGCGAGGCCUGGCUGGUUUGCAGGUCAGCAGGCUCAUCCUUGGGGAAUUCCACGACAAGGAGACACUGCAGGACUUUGAGAGGGGGAUAUUGAGUGCACUGUGCCAGGUACAGAUGGAUGAGUUUGUCUUGAUGUGCUCCAGCGGGGUUGAGGAUGACACAGAAAAUCUCUUUAACUGCACAGGCAACAUCUCCACUGUUCGCCUGGUGGACCUGGGACUGAGUGAGAUACCAGAGGUUCCUGUGUGGCCUAAAGUGAAACAGCUGGAAUGCAAGAAAUGCGAUUUUGAGGCUGUGCCUGCCGAGAAGCUGUCACUGUUCAAGGAGCUGAGAGUGCUCCGCAUUACCCAGAACAGCGGACUCACGAGCUUCGAGCAGGAGUUUGAGGGUCUCAGUAACCUGGAGGUCGUGGAUUUGAGUGAGAAUAGGCUCACUUUCAGCAAAUGCUGUUCCCCUAAGUUUCAAAAUUGUCCAAAAUUGAAACACUUGAACUUAAGCUUCAAUUCCGAAAUCAGAUUGACUGGGGAUUUCACUAAUGUGAAGAACUUGUUAUAUUUGGACCUUCAGCACACAACUUUAGUUGGUCCUGGCUCCUACCCUGUCUUUCUGUCCCUUCAGAGACUGAUUUACCUUGAUAUUUCCCAUACCAAAACCGAAGUUAAAUCCCAGUGUACAUUUUGUGGCUUGAACUCUUUGCGAGUGCUCAAGAUGGCAGGAAACUCCUUUGGGGACAAUAAACUGGCAAACAACUUCAAAAACCUAAGCCACCUCCACAUCUUGGAUAUUUCAAGCUGCAAAUUGGAACAUGUGGAUCAAAGUACUUUUGAUGCCCUCUCUGAGCUAAAAGAGCUGAACAUCAGCAACAAUAAGCUCCUGACCUUCAGUCCUGCAGUCUACCAGCCACUCCAAGCCCUCAGAGUCCUGGAUUUCAGCAGGAACCAGCUGACUGUUCUGUUGGGCUCAGCCCGGGAAAUCCUGCCUGACAGCCUGGUCCUGCUGGAUAUCUCUCAAAACCUGUUUGACUGCUCCUGUGUGUACCUGGACUUCCUGAAAUGGGUCAGGGAGAAUCAGGAGCUGCUGCAGAACCAGGAGCUGAUGCUGUGCCACACUCCCUCGUACGUGGCCAACGUGAGCCUGCCAAGCUUUGAUCUGUCCUCCUGCCACAUCAGCACAACCAAAGUUGCCUCCUCAGUGGUUGUGUUGUUCUGUGUAGUGGUGUUCCUCCUCCUGAUCUACAAGUACUACUUCCAGCUCUACUACUCCCUGGUGCUGCUCAGUGGGUGCAAACACUCAGCAGAACGAGGGGACACCUACGAUGCCUUUGUCAUCCACUCCAGCAAAGACCAGGAAUGGGUGACAAAGGAGCUGGUGGAGCCCUUGGAAGGAGGAGCACCUCCCUUCCAGCUUUGUCUGUACUACAGGGACUUCCUGCCAGGGGUUCCCAUUGUCACCAACAUCAUCCAGGAGGGUUUUCUCAGCAGCAGGAAUGUCAUUGCAGUCAUCUCCACUGACUUCCUGGAGAGCAAGUGGUGCAGCUUUGAGUUUGACAUUGCCCAGUCCUGGCAGCUGGUGGAGGGCAAGACUGGGAUCAUCAUGAUUGUGCUGGAAGAUGUGGACAAGGCCCUGCUGAGGCAGAGGCUGGGGCUGUCCCGGUACCUGAGGAGGAACACCUACCUGGAGUGGAAAGACAAGGAGAUAAACAAGCACAUCUUCUGGAGGCAGCUGACAGGAGUGCUGCUGAAAGGCAAAAACUGGAAUCAUGAGGAGGUAAAACUCAUGUGAAGAGAAAGAAGGGUUCUUCCUCCCCUGCCUGCCAUCCUGGUGGGGCUGCUGGAUGGUGCUCAGAAGCUGUUCAGAGUCAGAGGGGUGGAUGGAGGCACUGCCAAAGCACUACAGAAAUUCCUGCCUUGCUGGUCACCUUUUCUCAAGGACAUUUGCAAGUUAAGGAGUGACAAGGGCCAGAGAGCUGCCAGAGCUCUGUGUGUGCCCACGGCUGUCACCCACAGGUGGCCCAGCAACACCUCAGGUUUGGUGGGUGUAGGAACAGACCAGUGCUCUCACUGCCAUCUGGCUGCUUCUCAAACUGGAUUUGGGUCCUGAGACCAUUUACCCAGAGAAACUUCACAGUCUGUUGCUUUGAGUGGACCCAGAAUCUCAAAGGCAGAGUAAAGACUCAGGAUCUUUGGCUCUAAAAACUUUGUGAAACAGAACGGAGUUUGGAUUCUGAAAAUCUUGUGCCUGCCUCCGUGGGCACCAUGACUCAGGGGACAAAGAGAGAGCCAUGGGGCAUCCUACAGCCCAGCUGGCAGCUGCUCAGGGAACAGGAGCUCUUCUGUCAGCAGGGAGCGAGGUUUCUGUGGGUGGGAAAUUUGCCCAACAUGUUUCUUUCAGUUUUCUUUAGACCAAGUAUUGAAACCAUCACCUGGAAAUGUUACUUACAUCCAGGUUGUACAGCAUUUGAGAGGUCAUUUUGGAGUUUUCUUGGGGGGACAACAGAUGUGUAACACAUUUAAACUGAAAUAUUCCUUUGCUUACACUGCUUUUCCUCAUCCAGUGUUUGUGGAUAUGCUCUGGGACCCCUAAGCAAGCAAACUUGGGCCUGAAUGAAGGGUUUUGAUGUUUACAGCCAACCAGUUCUAGAUUAAGCUUUUUCACUCUCUGGACCACCCUUAAUUCACUGUUGGAGGGUGCUGAAAGAGCCUGCAGGGUUUGAAGUGGAGUUCAGAUCUGCCUGUCUGCUCAGCCUUCCCCAGGGGCCACCUGGAACAGGACUGGGUGGGGGAGUUUUGCUUUUGUUUCACUGAGAACAUGCCUGACAUUUUGCAGGGAGAAGAGAUAGAAAAGUCUGAGUCAGCUGAACUAAGUGUGCCCCAGCACUGUCCUGAAUCCAGGGAAGGGGAGUUGAAAUGCCAUGGAAUCAUAUCACAGCAAUCCAUUGAUGUGUGGGAUAUUGGAUGGGACAGGAGUAUUGCUCUCCUUUUACCAAAGGCUUUGGCUGGGAUUCAUCACUGAUGUACUCUGGUUUUAAUCUUGCAAAUCCUUCUAUAAUCAGUGAUGUUCUGCAGAGGUGAAACAGAAGUAACUGAGUGGUGAAUCAGAUCUGAUAUUUAUCCACCCACUUUUCUGAGCACCAGACAGGGACAUUUCCAUGGAAGCAGGAUCAGGGAUCAACAUCAGACAUGACUGGACAGAGAGGGAGAGCCAGUUCCAGGCUCUGUGCUGGCAAAAGUUGAAUCACAGCUCCCUCCCUGUGAGCUGUGUCAGACAACACUACCAAAACCCCCCACAGCCCUCCCUAAGCUUUUUUCGUGAUCCAGGAGAUGAAGAUUUAAUAAAACUAAGCUUGAUGCUGCAUUCCUUUGCCCAGAGAGUUUGUUCUGCAUCUGCUAAAUACAACUCCAGCAAUUCCCAAAAUGAAGUUCUCCUCCCCUCUUCUGGGAUUGAUGGGUCCUGCAGAUCUUCCUCCUCACCCUCCCACCCUCACCUUCCUCCUCCUCCAGGGACAGAGGCUGCUGGAGAUGGUGGGGGACAGUGAACCAGCUCAAAGCUCCCUGGACUGAGGCCAAAAGAGAGCCCAGAGGACAAAGGAAAAUUAGCUUGAAUUUCAGCAGCUCCCAGUUAAAUUGGGAAACAAAAGAGGAAAAAUUAAAUAGAGUGGGAGUUCCUGCUCCUGAAUUGAGCAACACUGAAGCCACAUUUCUCCUUCACUCUUUCUCUCUGUGGCUCCUCUGCAAACAAUUCAGUGGAUGUGUAUUUCUGGCACAAAGCACAGAGUCCUAUGAUUCUUGAUUAUAAUUAUAACAAUGAGUUUCAGAAAGCCUGUGAGUGGUUCUGGGCAUUUAUAAAAGGGAUUUAGGACAGCAUUGUUUAAAAAGUCAGUGUUUUUUUGAAUAUCAAAGCAACUUUAGGAGAGCUGGAGUGAUGCUGAGAUGAGGCUCCCACUAGUACAAUUUUAAAAGAAACUGGUCACUUGUUUUUCUCUUCCUAUUCAGAGUCUCCACAGCAGACAUGAUUAUGUGAGUUGUCCCUGGCUUCCUUAUUGUCCAAGAAAAAGCCACAAAAGCCAUCAUAACUUCAGCUGACCCUCUGUGGUCCUUUCCAGCCUGACUCCCUCUGCAAUUCUGUGACCUGUAAAGGCAGUGCUGAGGUUUAUGGGUCUGAGAUGGACAAGACUGUGUGAAUGUUUGCAUUUUCACCAUUUA